AUGUGGGUGACUUGCAAUGCAACUACUCCUUCAGAUGUAACUACACAGCCAGCUUUGCCAACCCCACCAGCUAAUGUUGAUGAGUCAGCUGUUGUUUACAUUUCAUUGGCUGGUGGCAUGAGUGUAAUUGAGGAGUUUUACAACAGGAGCAUUGAAUUCAGAACAGCAGUCUCUGAAAUGGCAUCCAUGUACUGUAAUGAAACAGGGAUUCGUUUAACAGCUGACCCUAGCUAUGUAAAUGUUAUCCUAAAUUCAGUCAAUCCUUGUCAACUGACGUGGCCAGAUAGCAAUACGUGUCUUCGAAUAAGGAUGACUGUGCCAGUAAACAAUACAAAUACAUCCAUAUAUGAGUUAACUUCAAGGCAUAUUAAUGACAUGUGGAAUAAACAUGCUACAAACUAUUUAUCUUCGUUUUCAAAGGAAAUGAAGGUGUACAAACCUCCAGAUGGUUCAAAUUUUAUUAUGUGGAUUGCAGUGUCUGCAGGUACUGUAGUAGUAUUUUCCAUAUUUCUGGUUUUGAUAUGGAAAAUUGAUAUCUUCAAGGAAAAUAACAGGGAAAGUAAACUUGUGCAGGAAGAUGACGUACGUAGGUCGACACUUAAUGACAUCCUCAUCUCAGUGCCUCCGUCAUUUCCAGCUGACAAAUUUGAUCCAGAGGAUCACAAAAUGGUGUCUUGGAAUGGUGAUAUGCACAAGGAUUCCAUCACAUCUGUUGGAGUGAGAGAUACCAUUCCAAAAUAUGGUCCACCCAAGGGUUCUCUUGGUGCGGCCUUUCUAUUCCAAAGGAACACCGAUGAAGAGGAAGAGGAAGUUCACUAUGAAAAGAUAGGAUAUGACAAUCCAGCAAUUCACUUGUCGGAUGAACCGAAGUUAUCUACAGUUCUCUAG